AUGAGGUUCUCUGCCAUCGCGUCUUUCUUUGCUGUUGCCGUGGCCAGCGCCGCGGCCGAUGUCACGCCUCGAUACGAUGUCGACAACUUCUCUGCAUACUGUGUCGCUGACGGCGGACUCUACGACUUCGAAGUUCGUCAGCAUGCGAACGGCGAGACGAUCCCCACAGAAUGCGACACAUCUGCCAAGGGCGAUGGAGCCCUUCCGAGUGUCUCCGAAGGUACAUGCAAGAGAUCUUCGCGCACUUUUGCCGUGAUCAGGGAAGAGGAUGGCAGCCUCAACUUCUCCGUGAGCCAGCAGAUCACACCGAUCUCCUUUACGGUCGGCAACCACACCAUCUCCGCGGACCAGAUCGAGAAGAAGGACGGGCAGGAGACAUACGUUGGGCCGAAGAGCUUCGGCCUGUACAGUUCUUAA